AUUAGGAUUUAGCAAGUUAAGAGAGAAGUUGGUGCCCAAAGCAAAAGUAAGGUCACAUUAGGUUGGUUGUGGAAGCAUUCUCUCAAGUUUCUCUUUAUUGAUACUGAUUUUCAAAAACCCGCUUGGAUUUUGAAGAAUAGGGUCUGCAUCUGUUCAAAACUUGAACUUUGGCCCCUCCUUCAUUCUCCAAAAUACACCAUCUGCAAUUUUUAGAUUUUUAGGCACAGAAACAAAGCGCGGGACUCUGAAAAUUCUCUACCUCGCUGUCUCUUUCUCUCUCUUACAAGUAUCGUGUGGAGAGAGAAAGCACAGAGUUUUCUUUCUCCAAAGGCCACGACCCAUGAAUCUGAAUCGGUUGGUGUGUCUCGUUGGUGGGGUUGUCUUCGAUUUUGUUAAAACCCCUUGAAUGAGUUUGAACUUGAAGUUGAUACUAAGUGUUUUUGUGGGUUUAUGUUAUAAGGGUACAUGUUGUUUUGAUCAAUUCCUCGUUGGGCUGUUUUGAAAGAGAUCUGUGCCUACUGCAUAGAAAUUCAUGAGUAACGAGGAACCCUUGGAUUUGUAUAAGCUUUUCAUGGUGGUGAAGGAGAAAGGUGGUUAUGAUGCUGUUUGUAAGAACAGGUUGUGGGAUUUGGUGGGGGAAGAAUAUGGGUUGGGUGUGAAGGUUGGUUCCUCUGUGGAACUUGUUUACAGUAAGCACUUGAGUGCUGUAGAGACAUGUUUGAAGAAUGCUGCUGAUGGUGAGUUCCCUGAGGGUGGUUUAGUGGAUGAUAAACUUAAGUUUUGCAAGCGUGUGAUGGAGGCACCAGUUGAAUCUUUGUCGGAGGCACAAAUUGAAUCUUUGUCGGAAGAUUAUGGCGAGGAAGAGGGGGCCGAUGAAAUCAAGAGGAGGGUGUGUGAAUGUCCGGAUGGGAGGAAGUUGUGUGGUACUAAUAGAGUGAAGGGUGUGAAACCGGAAUCAAAUGGGGCCGAACAUGAGAGGUUAUAUAUGGAUUUAGAUGAUAGGAAGUUGUGUGUUGGUAAUAGAACGAAGGACAAGAAUAAAGAUUCUAGUGGCGAUGAAUCUGUUAAGGUAUGUGACUAUCUAGAUGGGAAGAAGUCGUGUGGUACUAAUAGAGUGAAGGGUGUGAAUCCAGAGUCUAAUGUGGCCAAUGAAGUUCAGAGUGAAGGAGUUGUUGAUUUGGAUAUGGUGGACCAUGGGACGAAUGAGCCUCAUCUCAGAAACAUGUGCAGUUUUAAUACUGAAAUGGAUAUAUUGGAAGUGUCUGGUGAAGGCAAAAGAGUAACCAUUGCUGCAUCUGAUGCAGAAUGUGACAUGCCUAAAUUGUUUGAUGGAAGCAAGAGCUGUGAUAAUGAUGAUGACGACAAUGGUAAUGAUGUCUUGAUAUUGGAUCCAUCCAGUGUUGACAAAGAGAGCUUUGGUCGUAAGAGGAAGAGAGAGUUGAAGUCAGAAAUGCUAAGUUGGGUUACUAGCAUUGCUAAAAAUCCUUGUGACCCUGCAGUUGGUUCAAUGCCUGAAAAGUCUAAGUGGAAGUCUUACACUAGUCAGGAGAUCUGGAAGCAGGCUUUGUUGUUUCGAGAAGCUGUCUUUCUGAAGAAAGAUUUUCAGACAAUCACUGAAAAACUUAGUUGGCAGGGUCAGAAGAUGCAUCCUUCCAUGUAUGAUGAUCGUGUUGGGGCAGUGUACAGUCUUAGACAGAGGUUGAAAUGUGACAAGAGGCAUUUAUCAGGAAAUUCUAAAUCUGACGGAGUCUCUUCAGCUUCAUCUGGAGGUUCAGAGAAAACACCGAGUCCUCAUGUUGAAGAUUGUCCUGAGAAACAUUUACUUGACUCUUGUACUGCACGCUCAAGUCGUGAUAAAUGUGUCAGGGUGCACAUCCCUGUGGGCCCAAACCAUCAAGCCAAAGUGCCGAAAUGGACUGACAUGUCAUAUGAGAGUGAUUCUAAGUGGUUGGGGACCCAAAUAUGGCCUCUGGAAAAGGUAAAUUCCAAACUUCUUCUAGUUGAAAGGGACCCCAUCGGAAAGGGAAGACAAGAUUCAUGUGGCUGCCAAGUACAAGGUUCUGUUGAGUGUGUCCGGUUCCACAUUGCUAAGAAAAGGUCUAAAGUUAAGUUGGAAUUGGGCGAGGCUUUUUACCUGUGGAAUUUGCACAAGGUGGGUGAAGAAGUUAGGGGUUCAUGGACUGAGCAAGAAGAGAAGAAGUUCAUCGAUGUGGUGAAAUCAAAUCCUGCUUCACUUGAUAAGUGUUUUUGGGAUCAUCUUUUUAAAACAUUUCCUAUGAAGAGUAGAGAAGAUUUGGUCAGCUAUUAUUUCAACGUCUUUCUUUUGCAGCGCAGAGCAUAUCAGAAUAGGCAUACUCCAGACAACAUUGACAGUGAUGAUGAUGAAUCAGAAUUUACACCUUUGAGGAAAGUUUUUGGACAUCAAACUCAGAAAUCGCGCAGCUUCACCUUGUUGUCCCCAAAAAAGGCCACAGACAAAAAGGCAUAAUAGAAAGUGAAUGUUGAUCAGAUAGUCAGCGUCAUUGAGAAUGUGAACUUACAGUUUUGUGCUUCUUCACUUUAGCAAUUUUGGUAUAAUUGAAUAUUUCUCUCCUUAGAAUUUUAAAUCACCAUCAAAAGAUUGGUUUGGUGUAGGUUCAAUUUAGGAGAGAUGAAAGGUGUUUUGGAAGCCGACAACUAGAAUCUAAGACACCAUAGAACUUGGGGUUGUUUUUGGUUUUCAUGCUUCUAUUUUUGAGACAUGGCUUUUGUCUGUUGGCAGUGAUAUGUUGCAGCCACAGGUACUCUUGCACAUUUUAUCUUCACCAUGUUUUGACAAGGGUUACUUUGAAGUUAAAACAAUAGCAUCAAGAAUAUAUAGAGCAACAUUUUAUUGUAGAGUUUUAUGACCAAAUACAGCAAAGUUUUAUUCAAAUUUCAGCCUUUCAUCUGGCGCGAAUUUCAAUCUGAAUGCUUCUUGCAGUGCUAUAUAGAUAUUGUAUUUGUUCAGGUAUAUUUGCAAGUUAGUCUAUUACCAUUUUUUAUGGACAAAUAUUAGUGGCAAUUUCAUGUUUC